GCGGCCAUUUUGUCUUGUCGGCUCCUGUUUAGCGCAGGCUUUUAGGCCGGGAGCGGGCUGGAGAGCUUGGCGACUGUGUCGCCGGCGUUUUCUUUGGUGGGUGCCAGGGCUGGUGGGAGCAGUCGCCCGAGGAAAGCACCAUGAUUUCGGCCGCGCAAUUGUUGGAUGAAUUAAUGGGCCGGGACCGAAACCUCGCCCCGGAUGAGAAGCGCAGCAACGUGCGGUGGGACCACGAGAGCGUUUGUAAAUAUUAUCUCUGUGGCUUUUGUCCUGCGGAAUUGUUCACAAACACUCGUUCUGAUCUUGGGCCUUGUGAAAAAAUUCAUGAUGAAAAUCUGCGAAAACAGUAUGAGAAGAGUUCUCGUUUUAUGAAAGUUGGCUAUGAGAGAGAUUUUCUUCGAUACUUACAGAGCUUACUUGCAGAAGUAGAACGUAGAAUUAGACGAGGCCAUGCUCGUUUGGCAUUAUCUCAAAACCAGCAGUCAUCUGGGGCAGCUGGUCCAACAGGCAAAAAUGAAGAAAAAAUUCAGGUUCUAACAGAUAAAAUCGAUGUACUCCUACAGCAGAUUGAAGAAUUAGGAUCUGAAGGAAAAGUAGAAGAAGCCCAGGGAAUGAUGAAAUUAGUUGAACAGUUAAAAGAAGAGAGAGAAUUGCUUAGGUCCACAACUUCGACAAUUGAAAGUUUUGCUGCCCAAGAAAAACAAAUGGAAGUUUGUGAAGUGUGUGGAGCCUUUUUGAUAGUGGGAGAUGCCCAGUCCCGGGUAGAUGACCAUUUGAUGGGAAAACAGCACAUGGGCUAUGCCAAAAUUAAAGCUACUGUAGAAGAAUUAAAAGAAAAAUUGAGAAAAAGAACUGAAGAACCUGAUCGUGAUGAGCGUUUAAAAAAGGAGAAACAAGAACGAGAAGAAAGAGAAAAAGAAAGGGAGAGAGAAAGGGAAGAAAGAGAGAGGAAAAGACGAAGAGAAGAGGAAGAAAGAGAAAAAGAAAGGGCUCGAGACAGAGAAAGAAGAAAGAGGAGUCGAUCAAGGAGUCGUCACUCAAGCCGAACUUCUGACCGAAGAUGCAGCAGGUCUCGGGACCACAAAAGAUCACGAAGUAGAGAAAGAAGGCGAAGCAGAAGCAGAGAUCGACGAAGAAGCAGAAGCCAUGAUAGGUCAGAAAGAAAGCAUAGAUCUCGUAGUCGGGAUCGAAGAAGAUCAAAAAGCCGAGAUCGAAAGUCAUAUAAGCACAGGAGCAAAAGUCGGGACAGAGAACAAGAUAGAAAAUCCAAGGAGAAAGAAAAGAGGGGAUCUGAUGAUAAAAAAAGUAGUGUGAAGUCCAGUAGUCGAGAAAAACAGAGUGAAGACACAAACACUGAAUCAAAGGAAGGUGAUACUAAGAAUGAGGUCAAUGGGACCAGUGAAGACAUUAAAUCUGAAGUGCAGCGUAAGUAUGCACAGAUGAAGAUGGAACUAAGCCGAGUAAGAAGACAUACAAAAGCAUCUUCUGAAGGAAAAGACAGUGUAGUCCUGCAAAACAUUUUGAGGUACAUUGUUUUGUCUCAGCUAUUUUGUAGCAGACUCGUGCCCCCAUUAGUGUGCCUCUUUGGAAAUUAUUACCCAACGUUUGUAAUGUAGUCGCCAUUGAAAAGUUAAUUAUCCUUUUUUUAGGGAUUUUGCUGUCAUUUCUUGUUUUUUUUUUUGUUUUUUUUUGUUUUUUUUUUAAUAAAAAGGUUGAACUGUUUUUUUUUUUCUUUUU